AAAUUACACAAAGAAAAACAAAAUAAGCAUUAAUUAAUCGAUGGGUAAAAGCCGAGUGUUGAUGUUCAACUGUUUAUUACACUUCCUCCGUCCGGCGUCAUGAAUGCUCCACCACCGGACUCCGCCGCUACUCCGCCGUCAACCCUAAAAAAUCAACCAACACCACCUCGAUCAACUUAGCUAUCAAUGGAGAGCGCGCUCUCGAUUACAGAAUAUCUAAUCGACAUUAAAUCAGAUAAUGAUGACAACUCAAGUGAAAGAACACUUACAGAUGAUCAGUUUUUCCUCUUGUAUUUCAUCAUGGGCACCUACUUCGGGCCUGAUCUCAAUCACGAACCACAAAAAUCCGUUUUCCAAAGACGGGCCGAGGAUCUUCCACCAUACAGUUCAGAAACCCUAGCUAAUUCUUGCAUGAAAACAGUAGAAGUAGAAAGAAUUUACUACCACAUACUAAGAAAAGCCGACAAAUCCGUUGUACUAAAACUACCUUUUCUACAACAAUUUCUUCACGGAAAUCUUUCAACCUCUGCAAAAACGCAAACACCACCUCACCCACAAUUUGAUGAUCUGUUUUCUCCUAAUUUGCAUCCGCAUUCGAUCUCCAAAGGUCAGUACGAAACCAUAAACAACAUUGUACUCAUUAGCGACCCGCAGAUUGAAUACAUUAGACCGGAGUACCUGGAAAGGUUUAAGCGGUUAACUAAACUAGACGAUCUCCGUUUGGAUAAAGACGAGGCCAGGUUUCAUACAUUUGUUGACGGGAAAGUUUUAUAUAACAUAGACGUGAAGGAAGCCGGAUAUCAUAAAGAAACAAGACCAGUAUCUUGUACUGAUACCCAACCGAUACAUACAGACAAUGGUGCACUGAGUCUAUGUGGUUCUGGUCAUUGCGUGUCAACUGGUGUGAAUGUGGGUGCAUUGGCGGAACUUGGGUCGGAUAUGAUUUUUGUUCGUUCUAAACCGAGUAGGGAAGAGUGGGUUAAUAUGUUGAAUGCAACUAACGGUGGAUGUUUACUGACCGGGAGCGCUACGAUGGGUCAAAUUGGUCAAAGUAUAGGGAACAUCGACAUUGGGGAAUGUGAAGACUCGUACCUGUUUCGCGUGUCUCUUCCUGGUGUUAAACGAGACGAAAGAGAAUUUAGUUGUGAGGUUGAAGAUGAUGGUAAAGUAUCUAUAAGGGGAGUAACAGUUACUGGUGAGAAAACCGUGUGUCGGUUUGAUCAGAUAUUUGAGAUGCAGUCUCAGAAACUUUGUCCACCGGGCCACUUUUCUGUCUCAUUUAAGCUUCCGGGUCCCGUUGAUCCUGAACAAUUUUCUGGGAAUUUUGGGACUAACGGGAUACUGGAAGGUAUAGUGAUGAAAGCGCGAAAAAAGAUUAGAAGAUGAUUAAGAUUUUUCAUGUUGGUUGAUGCAUUUACUGGUAUGUUAUGUAUUGCAUCAUAGGCUUUUCUCUUGUAGUUGACUCCUUAUGAGUUAUGAUGAUCAGGUUAGGUGUGAAAUGUUUUGUUGGUGACAGACUAUAGCUAUUAGUAGAUUUGCGUGCUGAAUGUUGCAUGCUUAUAGUUUUUAACAAAAAAUUAUGAAAUUUAAUAUACGGAAGCCACUUCGGGCAUUGCUCCC